AGCUUGUCGGUUUGCGUGCAAAUCCUCUGUUUCACGAUUUCUCUCUCUCUCUCUCUCUUCUCUUUUAUUCCUCCCUCUGUUCUAAGUUCAGAAAGCGGACACACAUCACUUACUCUCUCUCUCUCCUUCACUUUCUUCACUUUCUCACAUAACCACUAUCUCUUUUCUUCAUUUGAAUUUAUUUUAGUGUUCUCCUGAGUUUCAAACCUUUUCAGCUUCGAUUGUACCAAGUGAUGUUCUGGGUUUCUUCUACUUCUUCUUUGCCAUCAUUGUUUUCAAGGUUUCUGUGUACUGGAUUCUGCUAAUGCUUCGAGCGUUUGGUGUCUCUCUUCUCUGAGAGAAUUAACGUCACUUUCUCAGGGAAAGUUUUGGGUUCUUCUUUCUCUUUUCCCAGAAAAAAAAAAUCAAACUCUGUAAUUGGGUUUCUGGGUGUGAUUCUGUAUUCCUGGAAGAAUCUUCAAAAUUCUCAGAUCUGAAUCUUUCUUUUCACUGUUUUAAUUUUUUCCUCAUCUUCGCUUCCUUUUUUUUUCUUUUCCAAAAUUCUCAGUUUCCACAUGUCGUUGGUCUUUCGCUACAAGCCACGACCAUAGAAUCUUCUUUGUCUGAAAAAACAAAAGAAUUACAAUUUACGUUUCUCUUAAGAAACGACGACGGACUUUCCUAAGAAAAAAUAAAGAUUUAUAGAUAAAAAAAAAUAAAAAAGGGAAGAGAAGUAAAGAAGAAGAAGAAGCAAGUUUGAGACUUUGGAGUUUUGUGGUCGAGAAAAAAUGGAGAUGGCGGUGGCUAAUCACCAAGACAGAAGUAGUGACAGCAUGAAUAGACAUUUAGACAGUAGCGGCAAGUACGUCAGGUACACGGCGGAGCAAGUGGAGGCGCUCGAGCGUGUCUACUCCGAGUGUCCUAAGCCAAGCUCGCUCCGGCGACAACAAUUGAUCCGUGAAUGUUCCAUUUUGGCCAAUAUCGAGCCUAAGCAGAUCAAAGUCUGGUUUCAGAACCGGAGGUGUCGAGAUAAGCAGAGGAAAGAGGCGUCGAGGCUCCAGAGCGUAAACCGGAAGCUUUCGGCUAUGAAUAAACUGUUGAUGGAGGAGAAUGAUAGAUUGCAGAAGCAAGUUUCUCAGCUUGUCUGUGAAAAUGGAUACAUGAAGCAGCAACUAACAACUGUUGUGACAGAUGCAAGCUGCGAAUCUGUGGUCAAUACUCCUCAGCAUUCGCUUAGAGACGCGAAUAGUCCUGCUGGAUUGCUCUCGAUCGCAGAGGAGACCUUGGCAGAGUUCCUAUCCAAGGCUACAGGAACUGCUGUUGAUUGGGUUCAGAUGCCCGGGAUGAAGCCUGGUCCGGAUUCGGUUGGCAUCUUUGCUAUUUCGCAACGAUGCAGUGGAGUGGCAGCUCGAGCCUGUGGUCUUGUUAGUUUAGAACCUAUGAAGAUUGCAGAGAUUCUCAAAGACCGGCCGUCUUGGUUCCGUGACUGUAGGAGCCUUGAAGUUUUCACUAUGUUCCCGGCCGGUAAUGGCGGCACAAUUGAGCUCGUGUAUAUGCAGACAUAUGCACCAACGACCCUGGCUCCUGCCCGCGAUUUCUGGACCCUGAGAUACACAACUAGCCUCGACAAUGGCAGUUUUGUGGUUUGUGAGAGGUCACUUUCUGGUUCUGGAGCUGGUCCUAAUGCUGCCUCAGCUUCUCAGUUCGUGAGAGCAGAAAUGCUUUCUAGUGGGUAUUUAAUCAGGCCUUGUGAUGGUGGCGGUUCAAUUAUUCACAUUGUCGAUCACCUUAAUCUUGAGGCUUGGAGUGUUCCUGAUGUGCUUCGACCCCUUUAUGAGUCAUCCAAAGUGGUGGCACAAAAAAUGACCAUUUCCGCGUUGCGGUAUAUCAGGCAGUUAGCUCAGGAGUCUAAUGGUGAGUUAGUGUAUGGAAUAGGAAGGCAGCCCGCUGUUCUUAGAACCUUUAGCCAGAGAUUAAGCAGGGGUUUUAAUGAUGCGGUUAAUGGUUUUGGUGACGACGGUUGGUCUACGAUGCAUUGUGAUGGCGCGGAAGACAUUAUCGUUGCUAUUAACUCUACGAAGCAUUUGAAUAACAUUUCUAAUUCUCUUUCGUUCCUUGGAGGCGUGCUUUGUGCCAAGGCUUCAAUGCUUCUCCAAAAUGUUCCUCCUGCGGUUUUGAUUCGGUUUCUCAGAGAGCAUCGAUCCGAGUGGGCUGAUUUCAAUGUUGAUGCAUAUUCUGCUGCGACGCUUAAAGCUGGUACCUUUGCUUAUCCGGGAAUGAGGCCAACGAGGUUCACCGGGAGCCAAAUCAUAAUGCCACUAGGGCAUACAAUCGAACACGAAGAAAUGCUUGAAGUAGUUAGAUUAGAAGGUCAUUCUCUUGCACAAGAAGAUGCAUUUAUGUCCCGGGAUGUCCAUCUUCUUCAGAUUUGUACCGGGAUUGACGAAAAUGCUGUUGGAGCUUGUUCCGAGCUUAUAUUUGCUCCGAUUAAUGAGAUGUUCCCUGAUGAUGCUCCGCUUGUUCCAUCUGGAUUCCGAGUCAUACCUGUUGAUGCUAAAACGGGAGAUUCGCAAGAUCUGUUAACUGCUAACCACCGCACAUUAGACUUAACUUCUAGCCUUGAAGUUGGUCCAUCACCAGAGAAUGCUUCUGGAAACUCUUCUGCUAACUCAAGCUCGAGGUGUAUCCUCACUAUCGCGUUUCAGUUCCCUUUCGAGAACAACUUGCAAGAAAAUGUUGCUGGUAUGGCUUGUCAGUACGUGCGGAGCGUGAUUUCAUCGGUUCAACGUGUUGCAAUGGCGAUCUCACCGUCUGGGAUAAGCCCGAGUCUAGGCUCCAAAUUGUCCCCGGGAUCUCCUGAAGCUGUUACUCUUGCCCAGUGGAUCUCCCAAAGUUACACUCACCACUUAGGCUCAGAGUUGCUGACGAUUGACUCGCUUGGUAGCAACGACUCGGUAUUGAAACUUCUUUGGGAUCACCAAGAUGCCAUCUUGUGUUGCUCUUUAAAGCCGCAACCAGUGUUUAUGUUUGCGAACCAGGCGGGUUUAGACAUGCUAGAGACAACACUUGUAGCUUUACAAGACAUCACACUCGAAAAGAUCUUUGAUGAGUCUGGUCGAAAGGCUCUCUGCUCCGAUUUCGCCAAGCUAAUGCAACAGGGAUUUGCUUGCUUGCCUUCAGGAAUCUGUCUCUCGACGAUGGGAAGGCAUGUGACUUAUGAACAAGCUGUUGCUUGGAAAGUGUUUGCUGCAUCUGAAGACAACAACGACAGCAGUAAUUUGCAUUGUCUUGCUUUCUCCUUUGUAAACUGGUCGUUUGUGUAAUCUUUAUCUCUUGUGAGGAUUUUAGGAAAGGCUAAUCAAAUUUACAUUUAGACAACUCAAUUUUUUGUUUUUUGGUUGUGUAGGUGUCUCAGUCACUGUUUUGAUCAAAUGUUCUUCCUUGCUUUUCAUUUUGUUUUUUAUUUUAGCGAGG